AUGGUUCGAGCAAAAAACAAAAAAAAGACGUUUGCAUUUGUAACUGUCUCAUCCACCGUCAUCCACACUGUCCCGACAACUCGGACAACGCGGAGAGAGCGGAGCGGCGAAGAGGCGCCGAGCCAUGUGAUGGUGUCGCGGGGACUAUUGGCUGCGUAUACCAUCGACCUCCCUAACACACAAACAACCAUCUACGCAUACGCGCCUGACGUCUUGAUUUCGCCCAUUUUCUCACUGCAGUCACCUCCUAGCUGCCAAUAA